UCUCAAGAUGGGGGAGCUCGAGGAGUUACGUCAAGAGGCAGAGGCUCUGAAGAAGCAGAUUGCGGACGCCAGAAAACAAUGUGCAGACACAACCUUAGAACAGAUCACAUCUGGGAUGGAGGUGGUUGGACGCAUACAGCUGCGCACCAGAAGAACGCUGCGUGGUCACUUGGCCAAAAUCUACGCAAUGCACUGGUCGACUGACUCAAGGCUCCUGGUCAGCGCCUCUCAAGAUGGAAAACUUAUCGUUUGGGACACAUACACAACAAACAAGGUUCAUGCUAUCCCCCUGCGAUCCUCCUGGGUGAUGACCUGCUCCUAUGCACCCUCUGGUAACUUUGUUGCAUGCGGUGGUUUGGACAACAUGUGCUCCAUCUACAAUUUAAAGACACGGGAGGGAAACGUCCGGGUCAGCAGGGAGCUGGCCGCUCACACAGGUUAUCUUUCCUGCUGCAGAUUCUUGGAUGAUAACCAGAUUGUAACCAGCUCAGGAGACACCACCUGUGCUUUGUGGGAUAUCGAAACCGGGCAGCAGAAGACGGUGUUCGUGGGCCACACAGGAGACUGCAUGAGCCUGGCCGUGUCUCCCGACUUUAACCUCUUCGUUUCCGGGGCUUGUGACGCCACCGCCAAGCUGUGGGACGUGCGGGAGGGCGAGUGCAGACAGACGUUUACAGGGCACGAGUCAGACAUCAAUGCCAUCUGUUUCUUCCCUAGUGGUCAGGCCAUCUGCACAGGCUCCGAUGAUGCCACAUGCCGCUUGUUUGACCUGCGUGCUGACCAGGAGCUCAGCGUCUACUCUCAGGACAGCAUCAUCUGUGGCAUCACCUCAGUGGCGUUCUCCCGCAGUGGACGCCUCCUCCUGGCAGGCUACGACGACUUCAACUGCAACAUAUGGGAUUCCCUAAAAUGUGAAAGAGUUGGUGUGCUAUCUGGGCACGACAACCGCGUCAGCUGCCUCGGCGUCACCGCGGAUGGGAUGGCGGUCGCUACAGGAUCGUGGGAUAGUUUCCUCAAAAUCUGGAACUGAAUUUUUGCAAGAUACUUCAUGCAGCAGAGACAGGGGCUCCUAAACUCACCUCCUUCAACCCUCUAUUUAUCAGUUUCCUUGAAUAUACCAAAAUUAGCAUCUUAUCCCCCAAGUGCAGAGCUGCACCAGCACCCCCCCCCCCCCCCCCCCUCUCCCGAUGCCAGGCACCUGCUUGGAUUUGCUAUGCGACUCUUACACAACACUGCCACCCAGUGGCUGCUGUACACACUGCAUCCAGAGCACUGCUCCUCAAGGCAGCUGAUCCCUGGAACCAAACCCUACCCCACACCCCUCCCCCCACAGCAGCUGUUACCCCCCCAAAUAAAUCCGUCUUGAUCAGACCCUUCCACCACCCCCAUACCCACUUUUGUUCUCAACUCCUGCUGCAAACAAUGUUGACAUCUGUGUGCACAUCUAAUUUAUUUUACUGACGCCUCCCCCUUUUCUGUCACUUUUUUCAAACAGGUUUGUGUUUUAUAGAAAGAGGAAAAUAAAAUCUAUUUUAGGUCA